GGCCAGUAAGAUGAAGGAGGCGUGGCCUGGGUGACCCACUGAAGCCUGCACACAAGUGACUGCAGAAGGCGUUGCUGGAGAGUCGCUGUGGGUCUACGGGCUGGUCUUUACAUACAAAACACCCAAAUCAUGUCUGAGGAAGCAUUUCAGAAAGCCGCGGAGGAGGUGAAGCAGCUGAAAGCAAAGCCAACUGAUGCUGAGAUGCUGGAGAUUUACAGUUUGUAUAAACAGGCCACCGUAGGGGAUGUCAACACUGCUCGACCUGGCAUGCUGGACUUCACUGGAAAAGCCAAAUGGGAUGCCUGGGAUGCAAAGAAAGGCAUGAGUAAGGAGGAUGCUGUGAAGGCCUACAUCAGCAAAGUGGAGGAGCUGAAAGGAAAAUAUGGAAUCUAAAGUGUUAAUUGGACUGUAAGGUCACUAGUGCCAUCCUCUGGCCAGUCAGUACUUUUACUGUAAAAAGCCUUAAGCAUUCUUAUGUGUUGUGGUGUUUGUGUACACUACAUAUCACUGAUACAAUAUUGGUGCCACAAAGACUCUCCCCAGGAAUACAGGACACGCAUGCCUGUUUGGCCUACAGAGAUCGUCCACCAGCAACUUUGUAGUGAAACCUUUGCUAAACGACUGACAAGCAUCAUAAAUUCUGUACCAUUACAAGUACUUUGUGUUUGUAGUUUUUUUUAUUAGUGAUUUGACAGCAUUUGGAAAUAAAAUGUUAAUUAAA